GCUGUUCAACGCACGCCACAGGCGCUGGACAGAGACGAUGUGUUUGGAUCUCCGACCGAACCUGAGAUAAAAAGACACGCAGAGAGUCCCCUGGGCGACAUCGAGACCUGUCCGACCACGGCCAGCGCUAUCCUGUUGAGAAGAGUUCAUACAAUCCCACCUCGAUCAAAUAAAUAAAAUAAACUCACAAUUCCCCCUGUCUCCCCCCCACAUCUGCUGGAAAAAUAAAGAAUAAUGCGCUGUGGAAGAGGCGGAUUUUAAUUUUUUGUGAACCGCGCUCCGCUCCAUCGCUAGUUCGCCAUCACCGCCCCGUGGAACCCAGUUUUGGAUUAGAACCAACAUUUGGCCCAACACCGGCCUCCGAAAAGCCCAGGAUAAAUGUCGCCCUUUGUGCCUCCCUCUCCACUCUCCAUCUCGCACACUCCCUGCCACCCCGAUCCGCAUCCCCAACGACGACAACUGCCCUCUUCUUCCGCCGCUCAAGAGCACGGCGACGCCGCCAGCUGCGGGGAAGCCUCGGCCGUUUCGCGACAGUCCCCGGAAGCCGGCAGCAGGGCGAUCCAUCGAGGUUCUGCCCUCAAUCUGACGCCAAUAAUUCCCACAGACCCCCAAAUGACCGACCACGGACGCUCGUCCACAGACGAGGCUCCCGCAGACCUCUUGCCCUCUCUAGAACCGUCUGUCUCCCGCGAAUCUCGCACAAUCGCGUCGCUUCCGGCGUCUCCGUUCCAGCACAUCCCUCACCGACCGGCUCCCAUAUCGUCCCGUAACCACCACCACCACCACCAGAGUGCCAAAUCCAUCGAUGGCAUCCCCCGACAGACUCUGAUGAAAGCGCUCGCGUCGCAGGCCUCCUCGUCGGCCGAAUCGCCCUCCCUCUCUAUCGCAACUUCGUUGGCCGAAAUGCUCAGCCCAACCAGUAACGCCGGAUCCGAUCAACAAACUGGUGACACGAGGUUACACCGACAGCUUUCAGCAGCUCUAUCAGCAAAGCCACUUACCUUCUCCGAUGGAGACACCCCCUCAACUGCCCGGUUUCCCCUGAAAUCUCCCUGCUAUUAUCACCAGCGAUUCGAUGGAGCGGUUAACAUACAAAGAGUGCUGGAGGAGAUCGCUGCGGACGAAUGGAUGUCUCAUUCAAGGCUGAUGCAGACGGCCACGGGUGUCCGUGAGGUGUCAAAGCAGCUCCAGCGGCGUCCUAUCAAGGUCGCUGUGAAGAAUGUGAUGAUUGUCACAAAGGCUCGGGAUAACGGACUGGUUUAUCUAACGAGAGAACUUGCUGAAUGGUUGCUCAGCACCCCCAGAUACGGCAGCGACCUCGGCGUCAAUGUCUACGUCGAUUCAAAGCUGCGCAGGUCAGCGCGGUUUGAUGCCCCAGGCCUGCUUCGGAAAGAACCUCGUUUCGAAUCGAUGUUGAAGUACUGGACGCCAGACCUGUGCUGGACAUCUCCAGAGACGUUCGACCUGGUGAUCACGCUGGGCGGCGACGGAACCGUGCUUUUCACGUCUUGGCUCUUCCAGCGAAUUGUUCCUCCAAUUCUAGCAUUUUCUCUCGGGAGCCUCGGCUUUUUGACGAACUUCGAGUUUUCGAAAUAUAAAGAACAUCUCAACCACAUUAUGGGAGAUGUCGGCAUGCGCGUGAAUCUUCGCAUGAGAUUCACGUGUACCGUCUACCGUGCAGACCACAGUAAUAAACAUAGGCCUGGCGCUGUCGAGGAAGGAGAACAGUUCGAGGUUGUAAAUGAGCUCGUUAUCGACCGUGGACCUUCUCCAUAUGUCUCUAAUUUAGAAGUAUAUGGCGAUGACGAGCUCUUGACUAUCGUCCAGGCGGACGGAUGCAUCCUGUCUACACCCACAGGCUCAACUGCAUACUCACUCUCAGCUGGUGGAUCUCUGAUCCAUCCCUCUAUCCCCGCCAUUCUCCUCACACCCAUCUGCCCACAUACACUUUCAUUCCGCCCCAUGGUCCUCUCCGACACUCUUCUCCUCCGUAUUGCUAUCCCACCAGGCUCUCGCUCCACAGCAUACUGUUCCUUCGACGGCAAAGGACGUAUUGAGCUAUGCCCGGGUGACUAUGUCACCCUCGAAGCUAGUCAAUACCCAUUCCCCACCGUUGUCUCCGGUGGCGGCGAAUGGUUUGAGAGCGUACGACGUACCCUAUGCUGGAACGUUAGGGGCGCCGUACAAAAGGGGUGGAGUAGCAAAUCCCAUCGGCCAGAGGGAGAACAGAUGGGACUCGACCCGAUGGGCACCCCAAGAGGGCAAGCUCCUGAAGCGGUAGCUGACGAACAAGACGAUGAAGAGGAAAAAUGGGACAUCGACACUGACAGCUACACCGACUUCGGCCAGGGGACGGACAGUGGGCUGGGUCCCAGCGAGUGCGGGGAUAGUCCUGGCACGACGAGUCCCCUAAAGAGAGUGAUGAGUUUGUUGAAUAUGUGACAUGACCCCCUUUCAUUCUUUCUGUUUGUAGGUCCGGAAGUACGGCUUGACCCGGCUGGUCUACUCAUCCUGCUAUAGAUUUCUUUAUUAUUUAACCCUCAUGUUGUGCAUAUAUACCAGCCCCACCAGAUAAAUACAGUUCAUACAUGGGCACCAUACAUGUUUCUUUCGCUUUUCUUAAAUAUGCCCCCCCCUUCUUGCCUGUGGCCUGUGUUAUGCGUUGCUUCACAUUCUCGGCACGAGAGAAUUUUCGGGCUCUGGAUAUUGGCGAUUUGGCCGAUCACGACUCUCUUUAUUUUGGCUUGACUUCCGCGUCUAUACUCUAGAAGUGUGAUAAUACCGAGAAGGCAUUCCGUUUCGGGAGUGCACAGAAUCAACGAACUUUGCAUCAACUGCAUAUCUGUACCCCUGAGUUCUCUUCAUCAGGUUUUGUGAGGGCAGCUUGCUGUUCCGACGUGAUAAACUCCCACUCGUUUGCCUUAACGUCGCGAAGACCUGCCAAGACGUCCCGACCGGCGGCUGCUGCCUGGAUCGUCGGGCCAACAGCAGCUCAUCCCAGCAAGCAGAGUCGCGAAUGACGGCAGACUUGCAACUUUCCGUCUGCUUCGGGGCCCGCCGCGAAAACCGAUCCCAACAUGAAGCGAGGAGCAUAAAAGGAGCUCAGGAUCUCCUCAAGGGACUGAUUCCAAGGGAAUCCAGAAUUCAACCACUCCGCUAUGUCGUUGGCAAAGUUUCAAGAGGUCAACCUAUCCAUCAACUCUAGUACAUAUACUCCGGGCAGUUAGGUCGGGAGCUCUUGAGGUUGCUACGUCAAGUCCAAAAAGAUCCCGGCUCUCCGUGAUCGAACUACCGACUAACCCAAACACAGCGGAAUUCAAUCGCCAAAGCCAUGACUAACUUCGCCUCCCCCAUCGCCGCAAAUGUCUUUGGAACCAUCUUCGUCUUCUUCGGCAUCAACGCCGUCCUCCGCCCCGCCAACGCCCUCACCUUCUUCGAAUUCACACCUCCUUCAUCUCUGCAGGACAAAAAGAUGGUCAACAGCCUAAUGGCCGUCUACGGCGUGCGAGAUAUCUUUAUGGGCGUGGCGAUGUACUCGGCUUCGUAUUUUGGAAACAAUCAGGUCCUGGGCUGGAUUUUGAUUGCGGCGAGUGGGGUUGCGUUCGCCGAUGGGAUUGUGUGUUGGGGUCAUGGCAAGGGGCAUUGGAAUCAUUGGGGAUAUGCACCGAUGCUGACGACAGUUGGGGCGCUGUUGCUUCGUCUUUAGGGUGGAAUAGGAAUGGGUGAGAUAGUUUCCUCUAAAUGAGUAUAUGUGCUCUAUAUGCUAAUAAGUAAUGUGUAAUGGCAACUGACAUGUGUCAUUAUUAACUCAUAUG